AUAAAUAAGCGGGUGUUUGUAAUCUUGAUUACAUCGCUACCGCUGGGUCACAGGACCCUAGCAUAAGUUCGGUGUCGAUCACGUUUUCAGCGCCCGGUACACAUGGCGUCGCUCCUCGCCAGCAAGCCCCUGAUGGGCGGAAUUAAGCUUCAGCGUCAGGCUAAGCUCACUGUUCCAGCAGUGGCGCCACGCGUCUCCCUUGCUGCCGGAGCGCGCGUCACUCCUAAGGGUGGUUUGAGCGAGCUGUCUAGGCGGCCAUUCGCUCCCAAGCCUGUGGAGAAGAAGGUCCUGGCGCCUGCACCCCAGGCCGCCGCCUCGGACGCACCUGCGCCUGAGCCUAAGAAGUUCCUUGGCUUCGAGCCCUUGACAUGGGCAAAGAUUCUGCCUCUGGGUGCGAUGUUCUUCUGCAUCCUUUUCAACUACACUAUCCUUCGUGACACCAAGGACGUGCUGGUUGUGACGGCUCCGGGCUCGGGCGCCGAGAUCAUCCCCUUCCUGAAGACUUGGGUGAACUUGCCCAUGGCCAUUGGCUUCACUGUUCUGUACUCGUGGUUGUCCAACCGCCUGACCAGCGAGGCUCUGUUCUACACCUGUAUCAUCCCGUUCAUCGCUUUCUUUGGCUCUUUCGCUGCUAUCCUGUACCCGAUGCGCGAUGCCCUGCACCCUACAGAGUUCUGCCAGAACCUCCUGGAGACUGCCGGUCCCCGCUUUGCUGGCCCUAUCGCUAUUCUGCGCAACUGGACCUUCUGCCUGUUCUAUGUGAUGGCUGAGCUGUGGGGCUCCGUCGUGGUAUCCGUGCUCUUUUGGGGUUUCGCCAACCAGAUCACCACCGUUGAGGAGGCCUCGCAGUUCUACCCCCUGUUCGGUUUGGGUGCCAACAUCGCUCUGAUCUUCUCUGGCCAGGCUGUGAAGUACUUCUCUCAGGUUCGGGCCAACCUUCCACCAGGCGUCGAUGGCUGGGGCGUGUCGCUGAACGGUCUGAUGGGCAUGGUCGUCAUUGGUGGCCUGCUUAUCUCCGGAAUUUACUUCGCGCUGCAGCGCCUGGUAGUGCCAAAGAUCAAGACCCUGCGCGAGGGCAAGAAGAAGAAGAACAAGGCCAAGAUGAGCGUGGGCGAGUCCUUCAAGUUCCUUGCUCAGUCGUCAUACAUUCGCGACAUGGCGACGCUGGUGGUUGCUUAUGGUAUCUCUAUUAACCUGGUGGAGGUUACCUGGAAGGGCAAGUUGAAGGCCCAGUUCCCCAACCCCAACGACUAUUCCUCGUUCAUGGGCGAGUUCUCGACUGCCACCGGUACCGUGACCUUCACCAUGAUGAUCUUGUCGCGCUGGAUCUUCAAGCAGUUUGGCUGGGGCGUUGCUGCUCUGAUCACCCCUAUCAUGCUGCUGAUCACUGGCCUGCUGUUCUUCACGCUUGUGCUGGCCGGUGAUGCUGUGAAGCCUACGCUGGCGGGCUUCGGCAUGACGCCCCUGUACGCUGCCGUGCUGGUCGGUGCCGCCCAGAACGUGUUCUCUAAGUCGUCCAAGUACUCGCUGUUUGACCCUUGCAAGGAGAUGGCUUACAUUCCCCUGGAUGAUGAGGUGAAGACCAAGGGCAAGGCUGCUAUUGAUGUCAUCUGCAACCCCCUGGGCAAGUCUGGCGGUGCUCUUAUCCAGCAGUUCAUGAUUAUCGGCCUGGGCUCCCUGGCGGCUUCGACGCCUUACCUCGGCGCUAUCCUGUGCGUGAUCAUCGUGCUCUGGAUCAAUGCGGCUGCGUCGUUGAACAAGCAGUUCACGGCUCUGCAGGAGGAGACUGGCAUGUACAUCACUGGCGAGAAGCCCAAGACGGCUGACAAGCCUGCAGACAAGCCGGCCCAGUAAAUCAUUUGCAUGGUUGCCCCUGUACUAGUGCCAGCGAAUGCUGCGUUCUGAGACAGCUCUUGGCACGCUGUUGCUGCGGCGGCUGGCCUAGCCUAGCCUUUUGAGAUUCCGCUGCGACUGGACGCUCUCUCUGGAGGGGCUUAGGGUGAAUCGACAAUUCACGAGGCAGGUAGAAGGCGACGGCCGUCGUUUGACUGGCCGUUGUCUUGUAUGAGUGCUUUUCGGGUGGGCACAUAGCUGGGUAUAACACCGGGCGUUUGCAUUCACCUAGGGCGCGCGGCAGUGUCAAAUGUCAUGGUAGGCUUUCGGCGCUGGUGUUCAGGAUCACCUAGGGCAGGCAUGUUACGGCGCAUGGUGGGUCUGCUGUAUGGUUCACCUUCCAGUGGGGUUAAUUCACCGGCGGUGUUUGCCGCCGGUGACCCUCCUCGUGGUGAAUCUUUCAUCAGCUUCCCGUUUGUGGUGACGUUGGUUUGGUGCGUGCAAGCUCAGUAUUUUUUAAGAUGCACUUGGGUUGCCGAAUUGGGCAACGUGCAGGUUCAGUGCUCCUCCGUCGGAUUGUAGGUGGACGUCCUUGGGAAGAAACAUUCCUACUUUGCCCUACUCGGUUACGGUCAGGAAGGGUUACACGAUGUAACGUUCUGCUGCGCUCAUGUCCAGCUGUGACGAAGUAUGUGAGCUGAUUGGAGCAGGCGCCGGAUCCGGGCCACCCGACAUUUAUUACAUGACUUCAGUGUCACCAAACUGAGCCUGGUUCACAAUUUUGCCGAGUAUCAGACGGUGAUACAAAAUUUUUUACACUGUAAAAGACAUUUUUGGCCA